AUGAAGGAAGGCUCAUGCGCUUUCCAAAUUGAAAUGCGACCCAUAGGUGCAGAUGACGUCCACCGUUGUGCUAUGCCUAAAGUCGUUGCCGAAGCAACGGUGUACCUAGUUGGUGGCAACAACCUAGCCCAAGAGGCCUUGUACGGUGGUGUAUUGGAGCCUGUUGACUGCUCCCGAGCUAGCUUGUUCUGUUACAUCGUUUGA